AUGGAAGUAAAAGCCAGAAAUUUACAAAUAUGUAUACUCCUUAUAUCUAUAACAACAGUAUUUGGAUUUUAUUUAAUUGCUGAUUAUUAUAUGAACCCUAAUACAAGUGAUGCUUUCGGUGGUUCUUGUGAUGAGGUAGUAGAGGAUGCCAGUCUCUACAUCAAUAGUCAUAUAAAUCCUCUCAAAUGGUUCAACUAUGGUGGGGACAAGGACUGUGUAAUGACUCUCGAUGCCGGCAGUAUGGGAGGGGCAUUAUUUAAGAUAGACUGGCAGUAUUUCGAUUUGGAAUACUCAGUAAACUGCACAAAAGACUAUUUAAAACUUUACGAUUCUGAUAUAGCUGGCAUGGCUCCUGGUACCCUGCUAGGAACCUUCUGUGGAAGCACAACACCAACCGUCAGGUUUCCAACACAGCGUUAUUUAACCUUAGAAUUUCACGCUGAUUCGUCAGGAUCUGGAGAUGGAUUCAGAUUUAGAGGAACUCGAACAGAACCAAGUCCUUGCCAAGAUGACGAAUUCCAUUGUACAACAGAAGAUGUGUGUAUUGAUGAAAGGCUGAAGUGUGAUGGUACUAGACACUGCAAUGAUGACUUGGAUGAAAGUGACUGCUCAUUUUUUGAAGAACUGAUAGGAAGUAUUAUUGCCCUUGGAAUGGGAGGCAUGGUCGGGGUAGGUAUCGCCUUUGUAGGAGGUUGUGUUGGUAUCUGGACUUUAGUCUGUGUAUUCACAGUCUGUAAGAAAUGUUGUGGCUUAUGUUGCACCACGUGUUGCUGUUUCUGGCCUUGUUGUAAAGGUAGAACAUGUGGCAAAAGCAAAGUCGAUCCCGAUUCUGAUCCUGAAUAUGGCCUAGAACUACCCGAAAAGAAAGCAGCAAACGACAACGAUAUUGAGCUCCAAGGGGACGACGAAGAUGGAGAUUUCUUUGAUGAUGACGAAAACAGUCCGAAUCAAGUCAACGUCGCACCACAAGGAUCCUCAAAGGAUUUGCUAUCUAAGAAUGGACAGGAUGCAAAACAAACCAAAAUGACCGGAGUCGGACAACAAAAUAAUGGAUAUGAUGACGAUGUUGAUUUUUAGAAAAUCAUGCAAUCAUAUGUUUACCUGAUAUGGAAAUAUAUUUAAGAAAGAAUGAAAUAGAGGAUAUAACGAACAUUUUCAGAUAUCAAUUGUAUUUGACUAAUUAUGAUGAUGUAUUUUGUGUAUUUAUAGAUUUAACUAUGUUCAAAUUUCUCACAAAACGUACCUCUUUAGUAUAAAUAUGGAACAUUUUGAUUUUACAUCUUACUUUUGAGUAAAAUGAAAAAAACCUAAAAGGAAUGAUUCCUUCUUUCUUUUUUGCUUAAAUUAAAUUUACCCUUUAAACCGUAGAAUCUAUACAUUUUUGUGAUAGAACAAUCGACAUGUUUGGAGCUUCCUUCAUUCCAAGAUUUUAAAUUGAAAAUUUUUUGACAGGACACUAUUUUUGUAAAUGAUUCAGAUUUUUUCGACUCUGUAAACACCAAUAGUAUAUUAGAAUCAAAAGUAACUAGUUGUAUGUAUUAAUAUUUUAUAAACGCACAUCACCUACGCCAAAAUCGUAUUUCAUAACUAAACACAGAGCCAUACGCAUUUUGUAAUCAGCUUCCAUAUUCUUUAACCUGAUGACGACAACAUUCAAUGUUUGAGUUUUCAUGGGUUACCUGGUUUAAGGACCAGUAAUCAAUAGUUGAGACACAAAGACAUAUUUUAUCUAUUUGUAAUAUUUUGCAUUUUCCCUUAACUUCUUCACCGAGAUCUGUUUGAAGUUUUCGAAAAAAAUCAUAUCUUUUAUUAAAAUAUAAUUGCUUCGCCUUAUUGCUAAAAUGAUGUCAGACUUAACAGGUAGUCGAAAAUUGAUCAGCUGAUACUAUUUCUUAGCUAGUAUACAAACUUACUUCACUAAAGGAUGAGUACUAGAUUAUUCCUAGUGACAUAUUAAAAGAUGAAUUCAAAGUAGGAAUUCUAAUGUUCUCAACAUUCAUGUGCAAUUUCAUUCUGUAUAAAACAAUGGUUCUGUAGACUGAAUGUUACCCUGUAGAUGUAUUUUAUUGUUUUGUCGUGGGGCUGCUGUCCCAUUGACGUAUACCAGUCACCUCUUGUUAUCAUUUUUUUUUAGUUAAACCUUAACAACAUAACAAGAUACAAAUCUGAAUUAUAGACCAGGAAACUGAUUUUUCAGUAAAAAAAAUAGAGGGUCCCUCGUUAUUUUGGUGAAUUUCUCAGAAGGUUCAUUAAAUUCAAAACAUGAAAUAUAAUCCUAGCACUUUAUUUUCAACAUUUAUUUAUUUAUUAUUAUAUAUUUAUUAUGUUUUUAUUUAUAUUUUCUGUGAUUUUCUUUUCUCUUGUUAAGUUUUUUUUUAUCCUUCAAUAAAUCAUUGUUCAUCGA